AUGGGCUCGGUAUUACCCGCAGAGGCUUUAGCCCUAAAUUCUGGAUUUAAAUGUCAGAGUCGGUCCUUGUCUGAUAUCAUCACCUCCGACAUUCUGCACAGUUUCUUGUAUGGACGGUGGAGAAAUGUGAUCGGGGAGCAUCUGAUGGAGGAGAGGCAGAGUAGCAUCAGUCCUAAGACAGCCUUCACCGCUGAGGUCCUCGCGCAGUCCUUUGCCGGAGGUAAGUUGCCCCAUGCAAAUGUUGGUUCAGGAAAGUUUUUAUUUUAUUUGUAUUUAUUUGGGGGGAGGAGGGGGAUUACUUAAGAUACUAUUUGAAGAGGUAGGGUUUCAGGUGAUUUCGGAAGAUGGGCAGGGACUCUGCUGUCCUAGCUUCAUUGGGGUGCCAGGACAGAGAAGAGCUUGGAAUGGGCUGAGCUGGGGGUGGGAGGUCCAAGAGACCAGAGUCUUAUCUAAAACAAAAAUGGCCUAGGUUUUCUUUUUUUAUUUCACAAUUUCUCUCUGUUAUUAGCCUAUGGCAAGAAAAGGACCCUCUUGACAAUUUACUAAAAAGCGUAAAAUAGGCCUUUGGUUAGAAUUUAUUCAUCAAAAAUAACCUUAGUGAGGUCUCAUCAUGCAUGUCAUUGAGAGUGAACCAAAAAAGUGGGAACGUUCACUCCUCUGUUCUAGAUUUCUUCCCAAGGUCUCUGUGACUUUCUCAUUAGGCCUACUGUUCUCCUGUAUUUUCCUUCAUUGUCCCUUUUAUUUCCACCCAUUUAACGCAUUAGCUAAUUUAGUGCUUUGAGACCUUGCAUUUAGAAGCGUGUUAGGCGUGUAACUGUUGCUGAGAAGGGUAUUACAUUCAUUUGGUUAACUUUGUGCUUGACCUGAGAAAGUUUCCACUUAAACCGAGGGGAGAGAAAGGUUCCCUUUCUUUGAUGUCCCGGCAUUCAUCAAUCUCCCGACAGUCUAUUUUCCUCCUUUGGCAGCUAUGGGGCUCCGAUGCUUUUCUCUUUAUGUUCCCCAGAUAAUGCGCCGUGAAGGCUAAAUCUAUUGCCAUUCAUACCAUGUCAACCAUCUAAUCGCCUUUCCAUUUUUUUGUUUGAGAAAUUUCUGGGUCUUUUAAACAAGUCCUCAUUUAAUUCAGCGCAAAUGUAUUGCUACAAAGCUCUUAAAAUGAUAAUGAAUUUGGAAUUAGCCGUUUCUUUCAGUAGGGUAUAAUGAAUAUCGCAUCUGAAGCAUGACCAAUUGCUGGACCCUGAGCAAUAGAAGACAAUUUAACCUCUAUUCGGCAGUCUUUUCGCAUAUUUAAAUACAUUUUCUUUUAUUCUGACAUUAAAUAAUCCCAAGAGUUAAAUUGUUUACGUUUUGAAUGAGGAUAAAUGCUUUCCGAGUUUUUCUUCUUCUUUUCAACAAACUUUCAAUUAAUCCAUUUAAUCAAUUAAACGGUGGAUUUGAUGUUGCUUAAUAUUUCGUGACCAAAAUAAGAUGCAAUCUAUUUGCUGUGUUGGCAAUUACCAAAUGUUAAACCUAAUUCGUGAGGAGUAUAAAUAUUAUUUAAGACCACCUAUGUUUAAGAUUUUCCAAUUCGUAAAGUUUUAUCAAAAGGUUAACAAAGCAUCAUAUUUGGUGAAUCUUUUAUUCGAAAGCAAAGCAUCAUAUUUGGUGAAUCUUUUAUUCGAAAUAUGUAUAUUAUAUAUAUCAACCAUUUUGCUUUUUGGGCUUUAUUUAAAGGACAUGUAAUAAUAUUAGCACUAAUACACAAUGCCUGACUUAAACCACUCCUAUCCUCAAUGUCUUUUAGGCAAAUUGUUUAGCUUGGGUACUAUUUCAUGCAUUUCUCAUUCAUGCAUGGAUGGAUUGACGAAAUUCACAGCUUUUAUGAAUUGUACACAGCAGUAAAAUAACCUAUUUUUCCCUUCCCUGCAGAGGUCCAGAAGCUCUCCAGCCUGGUGCUACCCAGUGAGGUGAUCAUUGCCCAGAGCUCUAUCCCUGGCGAGGGCCUGGGCAUUUUCUCUAAGACCUGGAUCAAGGCGGGCACAGAGAUGGGUCCGUUCACUGGCAGGGUAAUCUCCCCUGAACACGUAGACCUGCUCAAGAACAACAACCUCAUGUGGGAGGUGAGAAUCAGCUGGGCAGCUAUGUGGACUGCUUUAACAAUUAGGCAGGGGAAUAAUGGAAGCAAGACAGCAAUGAAUCUCUGUGUAUGCCAUGUUUUUGUGGAGGAAGCACAGGUUUAAGGGCGGCAUAAUCUGUCUUGUUCACCAGCUGUAUGUAUAAGAAGCUAUAUGUCAACAUAUACAAUAAUAAUGACUUGCAAUGACAUUGUACCAGACUCUUAAGAUCUUGCUGUUGUUCUUAUAGGUGUUCAACGAGGAUGGCACGGUGCGCUACUUCAUCGAUGCCAGCCAGGAGGACCAUCGCAGCUGGAUGACCUAUAUCAAGUGUGCCCGCAACGAACAGGAGCAGAACCUGGAGGUGGUGCAGAUCGGCAGCAGCAUCUUCUACAGAGCUGCAGGGGUGAGAACCAAGCCAGAUACUGUCACUCCAAACUGACAUGAAGCCUCUGACAUGUCAGCGUUUUAUUGUGGCUGAAAUAAUGACAAGUUCUGCAGUUAAGCCCAUUCGUUUGUAGGCCGCUUUUGUUGGUGUCAAAUCCAUAGACUGACUGUAUAAGUCUUGAAUUUCCCGUAACCUAUAUAGAAGUAAGGGCAACCUAUUGCCAGCUGCUGAACAGCGCAACCUUCUGGCUGAAAAGAGAACUGUGACUCUUGAUGUGUAAAGCAAGGUUGGCGGAGAGCAUGAUCGGAAACAAAUAAUCUCCACAGGUAUAGUUACCACCUCCUGUUCGUUUUUAACAUUUUCCCUCUCCUGCUCUCUACAGACUAUCCCUCCAGACCAGGAGCUGCUGGUUUGGUAUGGAAACUCCCACAACACCUUCCUUGGUAUUCCCGGCGUUCCCGGUACUGAGGAGGAGCAUCAGAGAAAGAGCUGGAAUGGUGAGACUCUUUUCCCUCAGGCUAUAGAGAGAGGGGGAGAGAGCGGGCGGGAGGGAGGGGAGGUGAGGGGGGAUGAGGUUCUGAUGACUAUCAAAAUCAUCAAACAGAGAAAGACUGUCAUUAGGGCAGCCACUCAUUACCUCUUUAGUGCUGGUUAAUGUGGCUGUGGAUAUACUGUAUGGGCCUAUUGAGUAUUUAGACAACCAGAUAACUAUCUGACUCAGGCUCCUUUGUCUGGUUAUGGGCUCUGCUGCAGCCAACAUAUUUACAUCACUCUGAUUUAUUGCAAAGUACUGAAAAUACACCGAUUCUAUCCCAUGUUGAAAUCGACAAUAGAUAUGUCAGUCACAUUAGUUUGUGAAUCAAACAACUCCGUCUCUCUGCUUCUCCUUUCCCCUGACAGAGGACUCUCACUCCUGUGACGGCUCUUCAUCUUGCUCCCCCUCAUCAUCCUCUUCCUCGUCUGCGACCAGCCGCAUGCGCUGCGUCAUCUGCCACCGAGGCUUCAACUCGCGUAGCAACCUGCGCUCCCACAUGCGCAUCCACACCCUGGACAAGCCCUUCGUCUGCCGCUUCUGCAACCGCCGCUUCAGCCAGUCGUCCACCCUGCGCAACCACGUGCGACUGCACACCGGAGAGCGCCCCUACAAGUGCCACGUGUGCCAGAGCGCCUACUCCCAACUGGCAGGGCUGCGGGCACACCAGAAGAGUGCCAGGCACAGACCAGGGGCGGCGGGCGCAGACACUGCCUCCCAAGUCUCACCAUCUCCCCCACCGAUCAGCAGCCUGUCCCAACAGCAGGUCCCCCUGGUUCACCACAUCCCCACCAUGGUGCUAUGA